AUGGAGGCCUUUCUUGCUCGCUCAAAAUUCUCUCUCCUCGACAUCACUGUCCCGUCCCCAUCAUCCUGGUCCCCUAGACUCAACGACAGUCUCUCUAUGCUUCUAUCUCGUGUAACGGAUCGCCUUCGAUCAUUCGAGAUUGAUGUUGGCCUCUGUGACGCCGCCGCUGUUGCCAGAAUCAUAGCGAAUUUCGUCGGCCGCCCGGCCCCGCACCUACAGAAGCUAUACGUGCUCGAUAGGGGGUACACGAAACUGACCCGUGGGGUACUACCCAAGGACAAACAGGAAUUGAACAUCUUCCAUAUCCUCGAUGGCGAUGGAUAUCGCUCUGCUACUCCCUCCCUGCGAUCAUUGCGUCUCGCACCGAUCUGGGUUCCGUGCAACAGCGGAAUGUUCAGAGGCCUUUCCCAUCUCGAGCUGAGAAACAUGAAGUGGCGUGUCCCCAGCCCGACCCAGAUACAGCUCCUAGGGAUUCUCAGGGCAUGCCCUACACUAGAAACCCUGACGCUCGAGCUCACCCGCAUCGAAGACGACGGUCCCCGGGAGGAGACGGAGUCGAUUAUCCCCUUGCCCCUGCUAUCCAAGCUAAUCAUGAUUCAUCACUCCCCGUCCAACUUUGCGAACUUGCUCUCUUACCUUGCGCUUCCUCCGACCACACGAUUCGAGCUCGACACAUGGCUAGCACACCGACUGCAGGGCUCCAGCUUCUGUGAUUGCGCCAUCUUCCCUGACAGAUGUGAACACCUUCCGAUGCUGAGGGCGCUCCCCGGUGUUGAGCUCACUGUCAAUUUGGUCUAUUCAAGGGCGCGUUUUGACCUCUUCUCGUCGACCACCUGCAACGAAGCUCAUCACGUUGCGGCAAUUUUCGUCCGGGCGGACACGCUGUAUUCUAUAGGGUUUUGUAUACAAGCCACAAUGGUAGCAACCGCCGAACAGUUCACGUACCGAGGGGACUGGCACCAGAGGAGCUUCGGCGAGACCUACCGCUGGAACAACACUUUCCAGGUCGCGGCCCGCCUUCGGACCCUCCGCCUUGUCAAUCCGCUGGAGGAAGAACUGGUAGAUGCCCUUGCAGCGCUGUCGUCGUGCGCCCGUGAGCGCACUACGCUGGUGUGCCCGCAGUUGACCGACCUCGAGCUUUACCGGAUUCCCAUCUCGUUGCAGACGCAAGCAUCAAUCCUGGACUUUGUGGCUUGUCGGGCGGAGGCAGGCGUACCGAUAACGAGGAUAGUGUUCGGACGCACUUCAGUGACACAGCCAGCCGGCUUCCUGGAGAGAGUGGUGGAACUUGGUGUCGAGGUCGUUUCACGUCCUUCCGCCGACUUGGAUCAUGUGGAGAUACCGUCGGUGAUAUCGGCAGAAUGGUCUCCUCCAUCGAAGCUCUAUUAA